AUGCCUGACCUACGAGGACCGGACCGUCAGCCCGCUUUUCUUGGCAUUCCGACAUACAUCCACUCGCCGCUCGCGCUCUCGCAGGAGGAGCUUGCGGAGAUGCAGGCCGAUGUCGCCGUCAUUGGAGCGCCCGUCGAUAUGGGCGUGGUGAACCGCCCGGGAGCACGCUUCGGUCCGCGCGCCAUCAGGCAGGCAGGCUAUGCAGGCAGUCCCAAUGAUACUUUCUACCACAUGGAGUACGAGCUUUACCCCACUCAGGAGAUUAGGGUGGUUGACUUCGGCGACGCCGUAUGUCCACCAAGCUCGCUUGAGCUUAGCCAUGAGGCGGUACGCCUGAAGACGAUGCAGGCACUGCAGACGGGCGCGAUUCCGCUCGUGCUGGGCGGCGACCACUCCAUAACCUUGCCCGCAGCGACCGCAGUCGCACAACAUCACGGCUACGGCAGGGUCGGCAUGAUACACUUCGACGCCCACGCCGACACUGGCGAGUCGGGCUAUGGCGGCGUGCUCAUCGCGCAUGGCAGUCCGAUGCGCCGUCUGCUGGAGAGUGGCGCUAUUCCCGGACCUAACUUCAUUCAGAUAGGGCUGCGCGGCUACUGGCCCGAUCGCCCUCUAUUCGACUGGAUGCGGGAGCAGGGCAUGCGCUGGCACCUGAUGGCAGAGAUAGUGGAGCGCGGCUUCGAAGCUGUGCUGAGAGGAUGCCAUCGCCGAGGCGCUCGACGGCCCCGAGGUCAUAUAUCUGUCAGUGGACAUAGAUGUUCUUGA